AUGGCAGACGCAGUUGUCCAACUUCGGUGUGGUAACGACCCCUGGGGAAAGAAAGGCAAAGAGUCGAUUGUAGCUCAGCUAUGGUCAAAAACUCCAAACAAUGGACCAAUCGAUGACUCCAAGCAUUAUUCUGAAAUGUGGAUGGGCACAUACCCUAAAAAUCCAUCAUGCUUGCUUUCCACGGGAGAACAACUCGGGGAGUACCUGAAGAAGCACCCUGAGCUAGUGGGCAAGUCCGUUCACGAUCGAUGGGGUCCGGAGAUUCCAUUUCUGCCAAAGGCAAGGGGAAAGAGCCAAGAAUUAUACAAAGCACUUCCCCUACAAAUCCAUCCAAACCUGCAGCUCGCCGCACAAUUGAACAAAGAACAGCCUGAAAAGUAUAGCGACUCAAUGCACAAGCCAGAGAUUGCAAUUGCACUCUCCAAAUUCGAGCUCUUCGCUGGCUGGAAGCCCCUGAAAGACAUCCAAGCGCUGUUCCAGAUGAACCAUCUAGCAAAAUACAUCCCCAAAUCAGGAGAAUUCAAUGACGAGACCCUACGCCAAGUGUGCAAGGCUCUACUCAGCGCGCCGGCACAGGAAGUCGAACAGACAACAAAAGACCUGCAAGCCAUCCCCGAAUCCCAGUUCGGCGCAUAUACCUACAUUCCUGGCCUCCUGGCCCGUCUAGCAAAGCAAUACGGCGAAGGCGACAAUGGAAACCUGGUCGCCGCCCUGCUGAUGAACUACAUGACGCUGGGACCGGGAGAUUCCGUCUUCGUCCCCGCAGACAGUAUCCAUGCCUACCUGGAAGGUGAUAUCGUGGAGUGCAUGGCGCGGUCAGAUAACGUCAUCAACACGGGAUUCUGUCCGGCUGCAGAGCGCGACAGUGUCGAGUUGUUCGGACAGGCUCUGACCUUUGUACCGCAUAGUUCAAAGGAUGCGCUGCUGCCGCGUAGAAAGAGCGACAAGGGCAUGAAUGGCAAGACGGAUGUCUAUGCACCGCCUAUCAGUGAAUUCUCGGUGUUGUGUACUACUCUUGGCGCUGGGGAGAAUGAGACGCACAAGGCCAUUCUUGGGCCGAGUUUGAUGAUUGUUACCAAGGGUUGUGGUCAGAUGAAAUUCCCUGGUAAUCAAACCGCUGAGCUAAAGGAGGGAUAUGUUUUCUUUGUGGGGCAGGGUAUUGCGCUGGACUUUGUUACUGACAAGGGCAUGGCUGUUUAUCGGGCGUAUGCGGAGUAA